GAUGGAUACCGCGUGGACUUUGAGAUUCGUCAUUUGCCUCCUUUGUUGUCGAGCGUCAAUGGCGGAACUGAAACUUGUGCAGACGAUAUUCAGGCAUGGAAACAAAAUGCCGUCGAGCGUCGAUUUUUAUCUUAACGAUCCUUACAUCAAUUCUACUUACGAGCCGGCGGGACGAGGAGGUUUAACAAAUAUUGGUAAGAUGGCCAUGUACAAAGUUGGCCAAUUCUUUCGAGAAAGGUACGAAGAUUUCUUGGGAGAAGUUUACACGAAAGAGAAUAUUUGGUUUCGCUCGGAUCAAGCAGAUAGAACUGUAAUGAGUGGACAACUCGUGGCAGCUGGACUGUAUCCACCUUCCAAAAUACAAAGGUGGAAUCCGGAUUUGAAUUGGCAGCCUAUACCUGUAUGGACAAUGCCAAUUAUCGUGGACUGCCUUUACAACACUCAAUUUUCCCCAAGAUUGGAUACGUUGAGAAAAAUGGUGGAGGAAACGGACGAAGACGUGAUACAAUUUGAAAAAGACAAUAAAGAUGUUUAUAAAUAUCUGUCCGAGCAUACAGGUGGUAAUAUCACGCAAUCAACAGUGUUUUUAUUGUAUCAAUAUUUAUUCGAUCAGAGAAAUAUUGGUUUAGAAUUACCAGAAUGGACGAGAUCAGUUUUUCCCGAGAAACUUGAAGAAUUAGCUGUAUACGAUAUUUUGAUUCGUACUCGUACUCUAGAAUCGAAGCAAAUAUCAGCUGGAAUAUGGAUUCGCGAAUGGUUGAAUCAUGUUAAUGAUCACAUCAGCAAAAAGGAUACGCGAAAAGCGUUUAUGUACGCGGCACAUGAUCCAAAUAUCGCGUGUAUACUUUCCGCAUUGGAUAAUUUCGACAAUGAAAUUCCUUACUAUGGUAAUAUUUUGAUGUUUGAAUUACACGAAGACGAUAAUGAAUAUUACGUUCAGGUGCUUUAUAAAAAUAAGGAUAAUAUUCGAGUUCUUGAAUUCCCUAAUUGCGAUACGAUGUGUCCAUUAGAUGAAUUCAAGAAAUUCGUAAAGCCUUUAAUAUCGAUUAACAUGGAAGAAAUAUGUGGGCAAAAAUAAAGAAAUACAUAUAUUUUCAUGUAUUUUCUAACCUUUCUCUCAAAUAUACAUAUUGUCGCUAUUCUAAAUGAAAAGGCAAAAAUGACUCGAAGAUUAAUCUAUACAUUUACAUUGGUAAAAAUAAUGUGAUAUAAGAUUGGUUAAUAAAAGGCGUAAAUCUGUCUUCGAGGAUGUUGGAACAGCUUUUGUUUCGCAAAAGCGUUUUUCUUUGUAUAAAGGUUAUGAGCAAUUUCAUUUCUUCAAUUUUCAUUCAUAUGUUAUUCUGGAUUAAGUAUCUGUGAAAAAAAAAGAGAAGAAAGUUGAAGGGAAAAGGUAGAAAGAAUGUAGAUGGAAUAGCUUGACUCGUAAACCAGUCAAAUUUGUCCACACUUUUCAGACCUCCCUGUAUUUAAAGUGUCGUAGAAUACGUCGAG